AAGAUUUAUUUGAUGGCGAUGAUCAGUAUGAUGAGGACCAAGAGGAGGAGGCUCCAGCAGAGAGCACAGAGCAUUUUAUCCCCCCAAACAGCCAGGAUCUUUUCCUCACCCUUACUGAGGUUCCCUGCCAGCCAUCUCAAGGCAGUACUCCAGAAAAUGAAGCUGAGGGACCGUCCUCUGCUGCACAUUUCUCCAGCCUCCCUCUCGCUUCUCAUCUACGUGGGGGGGGGUAUCAUAAGAAGACUGAGGAAAAGGAGGACGCGUGAGGACAUGUUCAGCGAAAUUAUGGCAGUAACCCGUACAGAUAGAGCUCUGCAGGGAGACUGGAAGCAACUGGUCGCAAAGUACAGGGAGGCUGCCAGUCAACGCGAAGACAGGAGGGACGCCAAAAAUGAUGUCAGGUGGCAGGAAGAUCAGCGCUGGCGAGCAGCAACUCUGGAUCUUCUUCGUGAUCAGACUGACAUCCUCCGCGAUAUGCUGCAAGAGCUCCGUGGUUUCAGAAUGCCCCUACAGCCCGUGUAUAACCUCCCUCAGUACUCACCCUGUCCCACACCUUCCAGAACCAGGCGUGUAAGAACGCGUGGGGGAAGGAUCUCUGCACCAGCCCCCUCCACUGCUGCGGACACUCCAACCAGAAGGCUUUCAUUAGAUUGAAAAGCCCUUUGUGUCCUGUUUUUUUCCCUCCUCUAAUGAUCCAAACUUCUCCCAUGGCACCUUUGCCUAUUUUUACUCUCAGGUCAUGCUAUUAAGGCAGUGUGACUGUAGUUUGGUAAUGAACUAAAGCAAGCAGCUUUGGAAAGCUGCACGGAAGCUAGUUAUCAGCAUCAGGAUUUGACAAUUGGGGAUAUGGGUAAUAAAGGGAAAACAAAGAAAGCAGCCAUACCGUAACCUGGUCCAUGAGAAUUCUUUUUCUGUCUUCUCUGAUGCACUUUCUUCUUUCAAACCUCCCUCCCCCUUCCUCCAAACCUCCCUCGCUCCGUCCCCCAUAGAACGCUGAGUUAUGAAAUUUCAUGCACAGUAUUGUAACAACAAGCAUGAUGCUUGAUUGAUGAAAGGGUCUGAUUUUAAAUAAAGAACACAAUUCUUGUAACAAAUAGUAGUAACUUUAUU